AAAGCGCUUCCGCUUCCCAGGAAUGCUGGUACUUGCAUGCAUUAACACCGCAGAAGCUGAUUAAAAAGUCUUCUUUCUAGACAGAGGCAGCAAUCGUCUCGUGUACGUUUCCUUGAAGAACCAUGGAGUUUUACUUGUCACUGACAGCCUUGGUUCUGUGUGCUUAUGCAGGUCUGGCAUACGCAGGGAAGUGUCCGACUAAUCACACCAAAAUCAUCAAGUCGUGCGCACAGGAUAUUGCAGUGAAUAUCCAGUCGGCACAGGGCCAUAAGUUUAUCACCGACCCUGAAACCACCACGAAGCUAUGCGAGGGAGGCGAGAUAGACAAGGCUAUCGACUGUAUGGAGACUGUCUACAAUGACUGCACAGAAUCAGGGAUGGAGGAGAAGGACCUCCCCAUCAAACCGGAAUCCUGGAGAUCCGCAGUGAAAGAAGUGUGCAAGAACAAAAAAUUCCUCGCGGACAACGCCAGCUGCAUGAAGAAGUCGAGGAAGGAGAUGAACACUUGUGUACAGAACUUCACGAGAGCAGCUCAAGUACAGAGAGGGCUGAAGCAAGUGGAUAUCGUAUCGAAGGGCAAAACUAACCAGAGAGAGUUGUAUAAGCUUAUCUGCGGACUGUCCGAGAACCUGAUGACAUGUUUUGACAAGACUCUGUUGAAGCACUGCCCGCAGAAGCUCGAGAGAAUCAUGGAUGACGUCGUGCACAAGUUUCUCCCUCCAGUCUGCCAUCCCGCAGAAAACAAAACUAGCUACAAGACCAUCAACGACACGAACACCGCCGCCUUGUCCCUCCCAGCCACUGUAACACUGGUCGUUAGUGUAUUCAUGUGCCUUCGGUCAAUGGUGUAAAUAAAACUAGAAAUGCCAUGUUUUGUAAGUGUAUGUCGGAAUAGUUUUAAACAGGCAUGUUAAAAUCCACGAAUUUUUACGAUGCAUUCCGUUAACAUCUUUGACAUCUGUUGUGUAAUAUAUUAAUAUAACAUUAUACUACUUUUGAAAUUAAGGCCUUUUUCUUAAAAGGCCUCAACUCAGUCAGGUAAUGAGAAUAUCUUUCUAUACGUAGAACCCGAAAAAUACUCUUACAAGCAUGGUCUGAACUUGCUUUGGAUAUUAUAUAUAUAUAUAUGUAAAAUAUAAGUUGUUAAAUGUUUGUAAUUCCUUUUUAAGAUAUAUUGAUAAUACGGAUGUUUCUAAUUAUUCGUGCUAAUGAAUGUUUUCCCGGGUGUCAUACACAGUAAAACCUCGUUUAUCUGGUCCGUGGUCUGCCUUGUGACAGUAGGUUGUUGGAAAAGUCUACACAAGACCCAUCUCAGCGCGUGACAACGUCAUCACGUUGAGGACGUCUUCACAUACAAAGGGGAGUUACUCAGUGUAACCAUGAUUCGUUUAUCCCCCCCCCCCCCCCCCCCUCAGAUUUACAUCUACAACAUCUAUUGCAAAUUCGUUUAUUCCGAUUUGAUUUCUACUGGAGCAGCAUCUCCUGGAGCAGCAUCCUCUUCAGUUGUAGUACUGUUGUCGAAGUCCUCCAGUAUUGGACUGCGCCCAAUGCCUCUGAAACCAUUCUGAGCUUGAGCAAUCAGAGUAUGAUAGUGUAGUUUAAUGGUCAUGAUAACUACAGGAAGAAUCCAGUAACUACAAUAACAAUAACUGCCCAGUAUAUUCAGAUUGAACAAAGUAUUAUCCUUAAGAAUCUACAUAAGGCCACCAGAAACGACAUGAAACUGCAUGCUUGCCGUAAAAGGUGACUAUGCUUGUCGUAAAAGGCGACUAAUGGGAUCGGGUGGUCAGGUUCGCUGACUUGGUUGAUGCAUGUCAUCGAUCCCAAUUGCGUGGAUCGAUGCUCAUGAUAUUAAUCGAUUAUUUACAGACCGCCGUCAUAUAGCUGGAAUAUUGCUGAGUGCGGCGUUAAACAACAAACCAACCAACCAACCAAACAUAAAAUUUAUUUGAAAUAAAACAUACCUCAUAGAAUCAUCUAACGUAAAAACAGAUGACAAUGUUAUGUAAUACAUGUAUUGAUGUCGAAUUGUACACAAGGGCGUUACUUUCCACAUGACGAUUUGAAAUCUGAGAUGCUUACACGUAUUAUAUGUUCACCGUGCAUAAUCACCUAAUUGUGGGGGGCACAUAUCUGGUGAAGAAAACGUUGGUGGCGGAGAGUAGCUGGAUGGGUGACCGUGUUCGGGACCUUGACUCCUGAAAGAUUGUAGGUCUUCGGUCCGGCCCCACAAUGGAGCAUACGUGACGAUCGUGGUGACACCGCAGGCAAGAGUUGGAUAAUCCCCAGGGAGCUGAGAAUGCACAUUGAUUCACCUGGUAAAUGGAAUUUGGCGCAUUACACAUGGACACACUUUAAAGCAGUUCACGUGUGUAUGCUUCUGUUAGGGUUUAAUGCUUCGUACUAUUUCAAUAUUAUUAAUGUACAAUAUGUAAUUCCAGUUAGAUCACACAGGGGUGCUUAUCAGAACAACGUUGGUGCUUCAACGACACAUUAGCACACCUCUUGUCGUUACGAGAAACGAGAUAUACUGUGAAAUGACAAAUUUCAUAAGCGAACAGAUUGGUGAGGUGUACGCCUUGACAAGCAUUGUCAAUUUUGGAUAACCAUUUUUUAAAAAUAAAACAUAUCUUGAAUCAAAUGUCUAUCGAAGCACAUGUAUGUUUGUGAGAAACUGCUCAAAAUUCCGACACCGAUAAAAAAGUCGUUUCAAUAAAUGUCAUAGUGUGUUGCUUCCUCGGCUUUUUGUACCAUGACGCAGUACUUGCGAAGUGCACCAUUUUAUUUAGGCAAAACUGGAAUCUCAAUUUUUUUAUCAAUAUCAUGUGUAUAUAUUUCCAAAAGGUACAUGGAGGUUUGGGAAAACUAAGUCAAGUCAAGUAUUGUACACUGCCGGACAAAAGAAAGUAUACACUUGAAAAAUUUACCAAAUCAUUACAAACGUUAUGACAACGCUAUUAGGCUGGCAAGGUGUGACAUUCCAAUUGAUAUGAUGCAUGAAUGCCUUUGACAAAACAAAUAUCAAAUAUAUCACCAUCGAAAAAACAUUUUUGUUUCUUCCACCAUGAAACAUGAGUGUAUGCUUUCAUUUGCCCGGCAGUGUAUAUGUGUAAAUGAGUUUGGAUUGAAAUGGCAUUAAAAUCAACAUUAUUUAAGGUCGUGAACAAACACAAUAAACCUUUAGCGAUAAAUAUGUAUGUGUCUUGUUCAUUAAUGGGCUGCUGAAAACGGUUUUAGACGUGUUAAGCUGACCGUAUUUAACAUUUGUGCCAGCUCAUUCUUGUUAUGAUACGUUUAUGUUAAUGUUGAGUUAUAGUUACGUUAAUCAACACAAGAAAGGUAAACCUUGUUCUUUUGUACUACUUUGUAAAAGAAAUAUUAUAAAUAAUGUUAUAAAGACACUGACCAUAUAACACACGUAGUGACAUUUGAAGUGGUCCAGCUGUGAAAGAAGAUUAUGCUUAAUGUGAAGGACAAACAGAUUUAUUGACUAAGAUGGAUUAAAAAGUAAAAAUUUUAUUAAACUUUUCUGCAGAAUGUUAUACGGAGAUGAGGGAUUUCUAUGCAAGAUAGCUCAUGAAUUUGUUCGAUUCGUCGAGGUGUAAUAUUUUCAUUUCCUAAAGUAUAGAUAUGAUUCAACAUUUUUAGAACGAAACCAUUCGCCCUUAAUACUAAAAUACUCAUUCCUGUCUAUACGUGCUUUCAAUUUGUUGAGUAAAAUAUCACUUUAUGAUAUAUCAAGUUGCAUAUUGUCUAUAGAUGUAUUGUGUUUGUCUAUUUUACAUCGUGUAUGCCAUACAAUGUAUGUGUGUGUUAAAUAUCAAUUAUAGUUAAUGUUUGUAAGUAAUUUCUUUUUUGAAUGUACAUGUAAAAUUUGGAAAAAAAUAUCGUAAAGUUCCUUUAUAAUAAAAUGGUCGUUGUGUUCAGA